AUGCCCGCCGUAAAUCCCGCAAGACUCCCGCUGGGCGAACAGCUCACCCUCGUCCGUCAAGUCCUCGAAACCAACGACACACUCAUCAAAGUCCUCUCCCUCGCCACCACCCUAAACCUCCCAAACUGGUACCUCGCAGGCGGCGCCGUCUCCCAAACAAUCUGGAACCACGUCUCAUCGCUCCCGCCCACGACAGGCAUCUCAGACUACGACCUCGUCUACCACGACGACUCGGACCUCUCCUACGAGGCCGAGGACGCCGUGAUCUGCCGCGGGCGCGAGCUGUUCGCGGGCAUCCCCGGCGAAGGAGUGGAGAUCAGGAACCAGGCGCGGGUGCACCUAUGGUAUGAGGAGAAGUUUGGGGUCCCUUGCCCGGCGCACGAGUCGACUGAGGCUGGAAUCGAUACGUGGAUCACGACUAGCGCGAUGAUUGGGGUCCGGGUGGAGGCGGAUGGGGCGUGGAGGGUGUAUGCGCCGAAAGGGUUGUCUGAGUUCUUUUCGAUGAUUGUGAGGCCGAAUCCCACAGUUGGUGUGCGGGAGGCGUAUGAGAAGAAGGCGAGGAGGUGGAUGGGGAUUUGGAAGGAAUUGAAGGUGGUACCGUGGACAGAGGAUGAGACGCCUGUGAGGUUUGAUGAGCUCGAGGAGAGGAGGAAUGGGUUGGUAUGA